UUACAGCAACAAAGGAGAAAAGCCUGAGAGAGGCCGAUUCCUCCACUUCCACUCCGUGACCUUCUGGGUUGGCAACGCCAAGCAGGCUGCAUCAUUCUACUGCAAUAAGAUGGGCUUCGAACCACUAGCCUACAAGGGCCUGGAGACCGGUUCCCGGGAGGUGGUCAGCCACGUGAUCAAGCAAGAGAAGAUUAUAUUUGUCUUCUCCUCCGCCCUCAACCCCUGGAACAAAGAGAUGGGCGAUCACCUGGUGAAACAUGGCGACGGAGUGAAGGAUAUCGCCUUUGAGGUGGAAGAUUGUGACUACAUCAUGCAGAAAGCCCGGGAACGGGGUGCCAAAAUAGUGCGGGAGCCCUGGGUUGAGCAAGAUAAGUUUGGGAAGGUGAAGCUUGCUGUGCUGCAAACGUACGGGGACACGACACACACCCUGGUGGAGAAGAUGAACUACACCGGCCGGUUCUUGCCUGGAUUCGAGGCCCCAAUAUUCAGGGACCCUGUGCUCUCCAAGCUGCCCAACUGCAGUCUUGAGAUAAUCGAUCACAUCGUGGGAAACCAGCCUGAUCAGGAGAUGGAGUCGGCCUCGGAAUGGUACCUGAGGAACCUGCAGUUCCACCGUUUCUGGUCCGUGGAUGACACGCAGGUGCACACAGAAUACAGCUCUCUGCGUUCCAUCGUGGUGGCCAAUUAUGAGGAGUCCAUCAAGAUGCCCAUUAAUGAGCCAGCACCAGGCAGGAAGAAGUCCCAGAUCCAGGAAUAUGUGGACUAUAACGGGGGUGCUGGGGUCCAGCACAUCGCUCUCAAGACCCAAGACAUCAUCUCGGCGAUUCGCCACUUGAGAGAGAGAGGCGUGGAGUUCUUGGCUGUUCCGUCCACAUACUACAGACAACUGCGGGAGAAUCUCAAGUCAGCCAAGAUCCGGGUGAAGGAGAGCCUCGAUGUCCUGGAGGAGCUGAAAAUCUUGGUGGACUAUGACGAGAAGGGCUACCUCCUGCAGAUCUUCACCAAGCCCAUGCAGGACCGGCCCACGCUCUUCCUGGAAGUCAUCCAGCGCCACAACCACCAGGGUUUUGGAGCCGGCAACUUCAACUCACUGUUCAAGGCUUUCGAAGAGGAGCAGGACCUGCGGGGCAACCUCACCGACAUGGACACCAAAGAGGUUGUGCCCGGCAAGUAGGCCCCGCCGGUCCCGCCUGCCCCGCCCGCCGGCGCACGGUGGGCCACGCCCCCUAGUCUUGGAACAGGCCCACCCCACAGGCCCCGAACCGCAAGCCCUCCUUAGUGGCCAUUCCCUUUAGACUCCGCCCACCAGCCGGCUCCGGGACCUCCCCCAAGGCUCCGCCCAC